GCUGAGGACAGGACAGGACAGGCCAGCCCUGAUCUCACCUCCAACUUCAGAUGAAGACCGGCUUUAAAUAGUAAACACUAGUCCUCCUCAUGCUGCAGAUGAAGCAUCUCAAGGGAUGAAAGCGGGAAGAUUUCAGAAUGGGAGCUGAGCUUUUUCAUCCAAGGAACAGUAUUUUUUAAACGCCCAGGACUUUAAAGCCCAGAAACUGUUUGCCUUUCUGUCUCUUCUGCACUAAAAUCUGAAGUUUCCCCUAACUUGCCAGCGUUUUAACAUAAUGGACGCUUCCUUAGCUCCUACAGCUCUCUGCACCUUGACUCCCCUCCACGACCUGUCUGUGCCCUCCUCCUCUCCCUCUGUCUCUUCAUCGCCCAGCUUCGCCUCCACGGCUCUCUUCUGCUCCCUCCUCUCCCUCCUCUCCCUGCUGGGCAUCACAGGAAACCUUUACACUCUGGUUCUCCUCCUGAGGCGCAGCAGAGUCAGGAGGAGACGUGCAGCAGGACCGGCCUGCUGGCUAACAAGAAUACCCGUCCCCUCCUGCCUUGCGAACUCUGCCUCCCCUUCCUCCUCCCCCUCCUCCUCCUCCUCCUCCUCCUCUCUUCACCUCCAGGUGCUGAGCUUGGCACUCGCCGACCUGCUCUACCUUUUCACCGCUCCCUUCAUCGUGUACGCCAGCCUGGCCUCUGGAUGGGCCUUCGGGGAGCUAGGCUGCCGCCUCCUCCUCAGCCUGGACCUCCUCACCAUGCACGCCUCCAUCUUUACCCUCACCGCCAUGAGCAUGGACCGUUACAGGGCUGUAGCCCAUCCCCUGCGCACCUCCUCCUCCAACUCCUCCAACUUGCUGCGGGUGAGCCUGGCGUGGGGUCUGGCGGUGGCUCUUAGCCUGCCCAUGAUGAUCACCCUCCACCUGGAGGACAGGGAGGACGGGGAGGGACAGCUCUGCGUCCCAGCAUGGGACGAACAGAGCUCCAAGGCUUAUCUGAGCGUGCUUUUCUGCACCAGCAUCCUCGGUCCUGGGCUGGCCAUCGGAGGACUUUACGCCACUCUGGGCCGGCUCUACUGGGUGUCGCAGACUCGGCCGGCCUGGGCCAACGGGAACAGCACGGCGUGCACCCCCCGAGCGCCCAGGCCCAAAGUGCUGCUUCUCAUCCUGGGUAUCGUCCUGGCCUUCUGGGCUUGUUUCCUCCCCUUCUGGAUAUGGCAGCUGCUCCCCCUCUACCAGCCCGACAUGCUUCAGACAUUACCGGUGGGGACGCAGGUGACGCUGAACCGCAUCCUCACGGGACUCACUUACGGAAACUCUUGCGUGAAUCCGUUCUUCUACACCUUGCUGACCGGGAAACGGAAAUCCAACAGGCAGGCGUCCGCAAACCAGCUCUGCCGCAAGGGAAGCCCGCUGCAGUGAAGCGGAAAGAGACACGAGAUCUGACGGCGCUCAGGAGAGUGCACCAUUCUGAGUUUGUGAAAAGGUGCAAAGAUGCUUUAGAAGUUCCAGAACAGGCUACCAAAGAUCAGCGAUGGAGCCGCCGAGCUGGGAAAUGAGAAUAAUGAGUAAAAUGAUGGCACUUUGUAUGAAACCUUGAUGAAAGGAAAAUGUUUUCUCUUAAGAUAAUAAUAGUUAAUAUUCAGCUUUACCUGUAAAUGAUGGAAGUCUUUGUAAGAUGCUUAAAAUCGAAAUUAUCUGUGUUUUUCAUGAUGCAGCGCCUUGCAAAAGUAACAUUUUUACAUAUUUUUUAGAACCACAAGCUUUAAUGGAUUUUACUGGGAUAUGAUUUGAUCGAUCGUCACAAAGUAGUGCUCGGCUGUGAGCUAGAAGAAGAGUGUGCCAUGCAUUUGGAUCCAGCUUCCUCUGAGCCAAAACUUUCUAGAACCACCUUUUGUUGCAAAUAGAGCUCAGAGCCUUUCAGGAUGUGCCUCUGCCAGCUUUACACAGCUGGAGAUUGAAAGUUUUAUCCAAUUUCUUUGUAAAAUAACUCAGGUCCAGUCAGAUUGGAUGAAGAGCAGCUGUUAAUUUUCAAUUAGAGCAAAAAAAAUAAAAAAUGUGCAGUAAGAUUUAGGUCUAACCCAGUGGUGUCCAUAUUUAUUAUUUAUUUUUUUACAAAACCCGGAAGAUUAAAGGACUCAGAGGUUAUCGAUUUGUUUUCAGCAUAACCACAAAAUUAUUUUGUUGCCAAUUGCUUUCUUUUUUUACUUGCUCAGCAAUAAAUUAAACUUGUAUUAUCUUAAUGAAACAUAGUAGUCCGAUUUUUUUUAAUUUAUUGCCUUAAUAAAAGAAGGUUAAAUGAAAGAUGGUGCCCUUCUCAGUUUUUGAGUAAGAAAUGCUUUAUGGUAAUGGCCCUAUUGACUAUGAAAUUGAAAUGAUAACAAAAGAUAACUGUGCACCUAAACAUUUUCUAGAAAAGAAGAAUUUAUUUUAUCAUUUAAAAUCUGCAGACAGGGGCCACACAAAAUUGUUUCAUGGAGUAGAAAUGGCCCCGAGGGUGCACUUUGGACCACCCUGGUCCAACCCAUUAGAAGACAUCAAAAUGCUUUGAUUUGGAUAUUAUUGAUUUUCAUUGUCCUGCUUGAAGGUUAACCCCUCUCCCCAUCCCCAACUGGAUUGAACAGCGCACCGUGAGACAUUCAAAGAUCAGGGCAAGAGUUUACGCUUUUUCUGCUGGGUUCCUUGCUGCCCUUGAUGCCAUUUAUUCUGUAAUGUUGUCUAAGAAACAUUUGAGGCCUCCAAACAACAGCUGGAUUUAUGCUGCAAUUAAAUCACAAACUGGUGGUGAUUAAAUUUCCUACGUAAAAGACUUCUGAGUCCAGCUGAUUUUAUUUAAGGCUGAGAGU